ACCAGCUCCGCUUCCCCCGCUGCCAACUUCUCCUCCCGACUUUAGUAAUUCCCGGUGCAGAUGGUCACUCACAAGGCGCGUUUGCUGAGAUAAUAGAGGGUGUGUCCACCGUGAAUAUUAAGCCGCCGUAUUCCCGCGACGUGAAAGUUAAUCUAAGACACCCAAUUCACAUCUCAGCACCUCCCUAUAUUUACGAACCGCACUGACAGCUCUUACCCCAUCUCUCUAAUCUUCAGUCCAAAAUGACCACCACAGGCGACUUCUUCUACCUCGACCCAGCCUCCAUCUCCCCCACCGCAAAACCCUUCUCCAAAGUCGACGGCGGCGGCACGUCCUACGCAUUCACCCGGCGCCGGCGCAGCGUGACCAGCUUCCGCGACUGCCUAUCCGUCAACCCGUCGUCCCAACGGGGCUCCUUCGGCACCGACAUCGACGUGGCCGGCUUCGCAGCCUACCACGCGCCGGCGCGCGAAAGGCUCUUCGCCGACGACGCCGCCAUCCGGCAGGGGUACUACGCCGAGGUCGAGGCGCUGCUCCGGUCCAAGCUGGGUCCGGGCGUCGCGCGCGUCGUCAUCUUCGACCACACCAUCCGCCGGCACGACCCGGCCGCGCCGCGCCAGCCCGUGCGCCAGGUGCAUGUGGACCAGACGCCGCGCGCGGCCGAGGCGCGGGUGCGGAGGCAUGCUGUCAAUGUCAAGGCUGGGAGUGAUGGAGAAGAAGAGGAGUAUGCAAGCCUGGUGGGGAGGCGGUACCAGAUUGUGAAUGUGUGGCGGCCGAUUGGGCAUGCGGCGCAGGAUUUCCCGCUCGCGCUUGUGGAUUGGCGCACGACCAGCGAGGAGCGGGAUUUGGUGAAGGUGGAUUUGCUGUAUCCGAUGAGGAAUGGGGACGGUGAAAAUGAUGAUGAUGAUGAUGAUAGGGGGAAGGAGGCGCCGCCGGAUCCGAAUCAGCGGUAUGAGGUGAAGGGGGAGACGUAUGGCGUGGUGCCGAGUGACCGACACAAGUUUUACUAUGUCAAGGACAUGACGCCCGAUGAGGUCAUGUUGAUCAAGUGCUUUGAUAGCUGGGGCGAGGGCAGGCCCGGCGGGAAGAAGGGCGUCGCGGGAUACACGCCGCAUACGGCGUUUGUGGAUCCGGCGGCGCCUGAGGGGGCGAAGCCCAGGGAGAGCAUCGAGGUGCGGUGCUUGGUGUUUUAUGAUGAGUAGGUGGGACAGUGGUUGAGGCGAUAUAUUUACAUGGGCGGUUUCAAUGCAAUAGUAGCACAUGGUUGGUCAUUUCGUUCAGAGUAGCAAGCAGUGGUAAAAAGACGAUACAAAAAGAAACUAAAGCAGACUUACAAAACCCAGUAACCCAG